CAUGGUUGCAAGAAGAUAGUUUAAAGAAGAGUUUCAAGAAGACCAGUCAGAGAAUGAAUAUAUUCAGUAGUAAUUGUGUUAGAACUCAUGAAAAACCAAAACCAUUUGUAGAAACAUUUGGUGAAGAUCAUAAAUUUUGCAAUGAAGAUAAAAAGAAAUAUCAAUUAUUAGAUAACGCACUUGAAGAAGUCUAUUUAAAAUUAACAAAUGAGGAGAGAAAUGAGAAAGAUGAUAAUGAUAAUGUGAUCAAAAAUCCAUUGAAAGUAAAAAAACUAAAGGACACUGAUAAAAAAAUUACCCAAAAAAUUCAUUAUACUAGAUAA